AUGCAAAUCAAAUCUGCUGCCCAAUUGUUGGCUUUGGCCACCGCUGUUUCUGCAGCCACUACUAAGGCUCAAGAAGAAAACUCUUCUUCUUGGACCACUUUGAAGCCAACCGCUACCUACAGUGGUGCUACUUCUGACUACAGCUCUUCUUUCGGUAUUGCUAUUGAACCAAUCACCACUGGUUCCUUGGCUCCAACUUCUACCUCUUCUGCCAAGGCCUCUUCCAAGGCUAAGAGAGACGUUGUUUCCCAAAUCACCGACGGUCAAGUGCAAGCCACCACCAAGCCAACCGGUAAGCCAUCUUCCAAGGCUCCAGAAAAGCCAAAGGGCACCGCUCCAGCCGUCUCUCAAAUCACUGACGGUCAAGUCCAAGCUACUACCAAGACUUUGGCUCCAGCUGCUAAGCCAAAGCCAACCACCAACGCUGCUUCCCAAAUCGGUGACGGUCAAGUCCAAGCUACCACCGGUACCGCUGCUCCAGCUCCAAAGCCAAAGCCAACCACCAACGCUGCUUCUCAAAUUGGUGACGGUCAAGUCCAAGCUACCACCGGUACUGAAAAGCCAAAGACUUCUGCUGCUUCUCAAAUCAGCGAUGGUCAAAUCCAAGCUACCACUGGUUCUGCUUCCGCCGCUAAGGCCACUGGUGCUUCCCAAGUCUCUGACGGUCAAAUCCAAGCCUCUGGCGCUCCAAAGUCUUCUGAAGACCAAAAGGACGGUAUCCAAUUGAGUGCUUGUGCCACCAACGGUACCCUAUCUAUGACCUUGAAGGACGGUAUCUUGUACGACAGCCACGGUAGAGUCGGUUCCAUUGUUGCCAACAGACAAUUCCAAUUCGACGGUCCACCACCACAAGCUGGUGCCAUCUACGCUAACGGCUGGUCCAUUACCCCAGACGGUAACUUGGCUAUUGGUGACAAUGACGUCUUCUACAAGUGUCUAUCCGGUAACUUCUACAACUUGUACGACGAAACUCUAGGCGCUCAAUGUAGUGCUAUUCACUUGAACAUUGUGUCUUUGACCGACUGUUAA